AUGUCGCCUGAAGAGAAAAACAUCAAGCCCACAAUCCCACUAAAACUUCUGGUGGACAAGAAGAAAACCCGAGUCCUCGCGGCGGAAGCCACUAGUGAUUUCGUCAAUGUUUUGCUCAGUUUCCUCACACUUCCACUGGGAACUGUUGUUCGUGUCACGAAAAACCAUCCCGGUUCCAUUGGCUGCAUGAACAACUUGUACCAAAGCAUUGAACAGCUUAGUGCGGACAAUUUCUGCACAAAGGCUUGUCAAUCAAUACUGUUAAGCCCAAGAAACCCCAUUGCUCUUGUUUGCAAGAAUCUUAAACUUAAUAUUGAUGAUACAAGCAAUGGGAAAUGUUUUUAUUGUAGUAAUAAGUAUUAUUGCAGUGGGAGGAAGAGUCAUUAUCCUAACACGAAGUGUACUUGUGGAGGCAUAGCCGACAGAGAGAUGUCUGAAGGGUCUCAACCCUCGGAUCCAGAAUGUUUUGUUAAAAGAAGGACCAUGUGUGUGAUUACAGAUGAUCUGCAGGUGCUACCUGGAAAUCCGAUUUCUCUGGUGAAGGUGCUAUGUAAUUUGGGUUUCAGCGAUGUUGAUCAGGUUGAGGAGUUGUCUGUUGAUGUUGGAUUAGACGAGCUUUUGGACUUGAACUCUGGAGUAGUAUGCGUUGAUAACUUGUACAGAACAGUAGAGAGUUUGGAUUUGGAGUGGCUUGCUAUUUCCAAGAAUGAAAUAAUAAAUGCUGGAGUUCUGAAACAAUACAAGUGCAAAAAUCAUCCUUUGCAAUUUCCUGAUGCUAAAACAAUAUCGAACCUUCUUGACCCAAGGAGCCCAACUGGUUGCGAUGAUUGCUUUGGUAGAUUUAUGGAGGGACCACACUUGUUUGUAGUGUCAGACAACUUGAUAGUGACACCAUUAUCUUCUCCAUCGAGUAUUAGCUUCCUAAAAGAACUUAAUGUACCUCUCAAUGAUAUUGAAGAGAAGGAAGAAACUAUACGCGAAACUGAGGCUCUUGCUUUGUUGAAGGCUUCUUUAACUUCAUCAGCUUUAAAUAAUUGCUUUAAGUCAAGUGGAAAUCAGAAGUUCAACAAAAGAAAUAAAAUAUCCAAGAUUCAGAAUUUACCAAGAGGAGGCACCUGA